AUGUCAGAAUCAAAGGAAAAAAUCAAUACUCAGAUUGGAACUGAAGAGAUACAACCUACUUAUACAUCAAGUGAAAACAGUAUUGAAGAUCAAUCACUACCAAAAGAAUCAUUCAUCAAACGAAUGGGUGGUAUCUUAACAUGUGGUUGUGGGUUUUUAAGUGAUGGUUAUCAACAAGGUGUUAUGACUAUGGGUAAUGCCAUAUUAGCUGCACAAUUUAAAGGUUAUAAUACAAGAUAUAAAACAAUGGUUUCGAAUUCUAUUUUAGUUGCAAAUAUCAUUGGUCAAAUCUUUUUUGGUUUCACAACUGAUCUUAUCGGUAGAAAGCAAACUUUUACUUAUACAACUGUUUUCAUUAUUGUUGGUGUUAUUAUUUGUGCUUGUGCAAAUGGAUCAACAGAGGAAAAAUUGUUUUGGAUGUUAAUUAUUGGUAGAGGUGUUCUUGGUGUUGGUAUUGGUGGUGAUUAUCCAGCUGCUGCUAGUGCUGGUAUUGAAACUGCAAAUGAAAAAAUGAGUGCUAAAAAAAGAACUGCGCCAUAUAUCUUAACAACUAAUUUCUUCAUUGCAACAGGUGUACCAAUUGCUACAAUUGUUUUUCUUAUUGUUCAUGAAAUUUGGGGUCCUGAAAAUUUAAAUGGUAUUUGGAGAACUUGUUUUGCUGUUGGUGGAUUCAUUCCAUUAUCAAUUUUUUAUUUCCGUUGGAAAUUAGAACAUGCUUCAUCAUAUAAGGCAAAUGCAUUAAAGAAAAAAGUUCCAUAUUUAUUAAUUUGGAAAAAAUAUUGGAAAGAAUUUGUUGCAACUGCUUCAAUGUGGUUUAUUAUGGAUAUGAUUGUUUAUCCAAAUAAUAUUUUUAGUACUUCAAUUUUACAAGUUGCAAUUCCAAAUGCUUCAUUGAAAAAAACAGGUGAAUGGCAAUUAUUUUUAUCUUCAUUUUCCAUAUUUGGUGUAUUGUUAAGUUGUAUUGGUGUUCAAUUCUUCACAAGAAGACAAGUUUUGAUAUCUGGUUAUUUAGGAUAUGCAGUUUUAAGUUUUAUUGUUGGUGGAGCUUUUGAAAAAUUUAGUGAAAUUCCUGCAUUAUUAAUUGUAUUUUAUGCAUUGUUAAAUAUGGUUGUUAAUUUUGGUCCAGCUUCUUUACAAUCUGUUGUUAGUUCAGAAUCAUAUCCAACUGCUGUUAGAGGUACUAUAUAUGGUAUUUCAGCUGCUAUUGGGAAAGCAGGCGCUGCUGUUGGUACUGAAGUGUUUACACCUUUACAACAAUUACAUGGUAAAAGAUAUACAUUUAUUCUUUCAGGUGGAUUAAGUAUCUUGGGUGCAAUUGUUUGUUGGUGGGGGUGUCCAGAUUAUGGUGAUAAAAAUUUAGAUUUCUUAGAUGUUGAAUUUAAUCAAUAUUUAAAAGAAAAUGGUUGGGAAGGUACAAUUGGUGAAGAUGAAAAGGAUAAAAGUGAUCAUAAAAUCGUCAACAUUAUACGUAAGUUAUAA